AGAGACACAUUAAAACGAGACUCUCCAAAGGCAUUUAAAAAAACCAGUUUAUUUGGUAAUAACAAAAAAAAAAAUUCGAAUCAAAAUUUAAUUGAAGUUGCUUUGCAAAUAAAAGGGAUAGGCGAAAAGAUGGCAUUCUUGUAAAAAAGGAAAUGCUGAAGAUAAAACCACCACCAAUGAAAAUUGCUUCGAUUUGGAAAAAUUUGCUUUGUCUAAUAACUGGAUUUACAAUAGGACUGUAUUCGACAUUUAUUUGGUCAAAUAAUGCUCAAUUGCUAGAUGGUAUUGUAACAUCCAAACAUGGUCUUAAAACUAGUUUCGGAGAGAGUUUUCAUAACAACACACGAGUCCUUUGCUGGAUUAUGACACAACCAGAAAAUCAUCUCAUCAAAGCAAUACACAUACGCCACACAUGGGGCCGCCGAUGCAAUAAAUUGCUCUUCAUCAGCUCCAAGGAGGAUAAUGUUUUGCAAACGAUCGCCCUGCCCGUUGAGGAAGGUCGUCAACAUCUGUGGGAGAAAACCAAGUUGGCCCUGAAAUAUGUUUACGAUCAUCAUUUAAAUGAUGCGGAUUGGUUCCUGAAAGCCGACGAUGAUACAUAUAUAAUUAUGGAGAACCUUCGCUCAUUUCUUAGCUCACACUCGUCUAAUGAACCCGUAUACUUUGGUUGCAAGCUUCAGCAGCAUUUACGACAGGGAUACAUGUCCGGUGGUGCCGGUUAUGUUUUAAGUCGAAAAGCUUUAGAGACAUUUACCACAGAAGCAUAUGAGAACGACAGUGUGUGUAGUCGCGAAUUUCAAGCCGAAGAUCUUCAGUUGGGCAUGUGUUUGGAAAAUAUUGGUGUAGUCGCUGGAGAUUCAAGAGAUCCGGAGGGCAUGGAACGUUUUAUACCAUUGGCACCCCACGAUGUAAUACGCAAUAUAAGAUCGGAAUGGUAUUCACAAUUAGUAUAUCAUGAAAAUAAGAAAAAUGUCAGCUGUUGUUCGUCGGAAGUCAUUUCAUUCCACUACCUUAUUCCCGAAGAGUUUUAUGUCAUGGAAUAUUUUCUCUACAAAUUGAAACCACUUAACAAAGCUGACAAUGGAAGACUGAAUGCAUCGCAAAGCUAAGAUAAUUUUGAGAAACAUAAGAAAAUCGAGAAAAAUUGAAAAUCGAAUCAAAGAAGAUUAGAAUAUAUUUUAUAACAGUA